AUGAAAAUCAGAGUAGAUUUGAAAUUCAAAAGAAUUUCAUAUCUCAGAUCUUUGGAAUGUUUGCAUCAACAACCAAAAAAAAAUUACAAUUUUAUCCCACAACAAUCUUUCUUGUCGUCAAGAAACCUUGAACUUCGUCGAGGAAGGGAUUUUAUAUAUUUCAUUUUUUAUGAGCGCUUGGGAAAUAGAAAAGAAACCGAAAAGAUGCUUCAAGCCAGAAAAACACGAGAAUUUUAUCACAAACAAUUUCAUUCUUCAUCUCAAAAGAUAUUUUUUGAGUGCUUGACUUUUUCAACAGUUAAGACAAAUUUCUAA